UCUAGGUGCAGAACUUGACGUAUAGGUCUAAGUAGUGCCGGCAGAGGGAUAGAGAAAGAGAGGGAGAGAGAGGAUGUUGGUGGCAGAGAGAGCUCAGACUCGCAAGGGUCCAUGGACCGAGCAAGAAGACCUCCAACUGGUCUGCUUCGUGGGAAUCUUUGGAGAGAAGCGCUGGGAUUUCAUAGCAAAAGUAUCAGGUCUCAACAGGACAGGAAAAAGUUGCAGGCUUCGCUGGGUCAACUACCUCAGGCCUGACCUCAAGCGUGGAAGGAUGACCCCUCAGGAGGAAAGCCUCGUCCUUGAGCUUCAUGCUCGCUGGGGCAACAGGUGGUCAAGGAUUGCUAGGAAACUGCCUGGCCGCACAGACAAUGAGAUCAAGAACUACUGGAGGACACAUAUGAGGAAGAAAGCUCAGGAACGCGAGGAGAAUUCCUUGUCACUCUCCUCCUCCACCUCCUCCUGCUCCCUAGCAUCAUCUUCUUCAGCUUCAUCUUCAUCGCCUCCGCCUUCGCUGUUGUCGAAUCAGCUUCAAGAGGGUUCUCCCCUCAAGGCUGAGGGGGACUCUCCUCCUGGUGACUCGAUGUUUGGAGGAGGAGGAAGUUCAUGGGAUACAAGCCGUGGAGAUGCUGCAAGUGCAGAACCAGCAGAAGGUGGUAGCGCAGGGAGCUUCAUGGAGCAGAUGUGGAAGGAGAUUGCUGCAUCCGAGAUCCUCAGCUUUCCUGUUUACGAACCUCUGAAGGAGGACGGAGAAUCCAUGUUUCCUUGCACUUCAAUGGCUUCCCCUCUGUGGGAGUACUGCUGUGACUCACUCUGGAAGAUGGAUGAAGAUGAAUUUUCCAUUAGAGACCCUCUUGUGUAAGACAGGAAGGAGGCUUGGAUUGCGCAGAAAACUACUUGGUCUAUAUCAUGGUGGUCUUGUUUCAAACUAUCAACCAAACUUAACCGGACCCAAGUGCGUGCUUAUGCAUCUUCACUCUCAUAAGCUAGCCAACCACUGAGAGUGUGUGUCUCUUGUAUAUCAACUUUCUGAAUUCUAAUGGCAUCUUGAUCCAUCUUUAAAAUCUCA